AUGGUCGGCCGCCGAUCGCCGCCCAGUGUGGCGAGGCCGCUCACAGAUUGCGGUCGGGUCUGGCUCGACCGGCCGCGAGCCCUAUGCCGCGCCUUAGUUUCGGGCUCUCGGGUGACGGAGAAGGCGGCGGCUCCGCUGCUUCCGCCGCCACGUAAUGGCGGGUCGGCCGUGGGAGAUUUGUUAUUGAGGUUUUUGUUGUUUGCGUCGUGCGUUGUGGCUGUUCUGGUUAUGGUCACCGGCAAUCAGUCGCAACUUAUUCCGAUCGCUUUUCCUCCUUUCUUGGUGUCGCGAGAUGCCAAAUUCAAUCACUCAUCGGCUUUUAUGUGA